UAACUUGUCCCCACAUAGCAGUAACUUGUCCCCACAUAACAGUAAGUUGCCCCCACAUAGCAGUAACUUGUUCCCACAUAACAGUAACUUGUCCUCGCAUAGCAGUAACUUGUCCCCACAUAGCAGUAACUUGUCCCCACAUAACAGUAAGUUGCCCCCACAUAGCAGUAACUUGUCCCCACAUAACAGUAACUUGUCCCCACAUAACAGUAAGUUGCCCCCACAUAGCAGUAACUUGUCCUCGCUAUAGCA